CAGGCGGCUCCUCCGGGCAUGCUCCUUAAGCCAAAGUAUGGCCGCUUUCGCAACGAGUCUGUGACCUCCUCCGACGACCUGAUGCAGAGCUUAGCCAUGAGCGGCAAAGUUGUGGCCACACCGGUGGUCUCCUCCUCCGCCACCAGCCUUCCUCUGCCUCCCCUGCCUCCUCUGCCAUCUCUGGACCACACCGCCAGAUCCUCCUCCUCCUCCUCCGGGGCUGCAGCCCUGGCCGACUCCCCUUCCCUGGACGGGGAGCAGGAUGCCACCACCACCUUCUGCAUGCUCAUCCCCAGGAUGCCCCAGUGGAAGUUCUCCAACUCCCUGCUCAGCCGGAGCCCCUCCAGCUCUAGCAAGGACUCAGGGAAGGCGGCUCCUUCCCAGACCCCCGUCUCACACAGGCACAGUGCUGCUGCCUCGGCCAGCGGCCCCGUGGCCAGCCUCGCGGCGGUGCUUAACUCAUGUGACCCUGUGUGUGUCACCCCCUGUUCCUUGCAGGCCUUUCGGGGGCAGCGAGCGGUUGCGGCGGCCAAUACGGCCAAUCAGGGGGGCCAUGUAUUCGGGGCCACGGAGGCCAUAGCGAACCCUGGGGGUUCCAGCAACUCCAGGUCAGGGAUGAGCCGCAGGACAAGGGUGGAAGGCAUGUGGCUGGGGGGAGAGGACUUCACCCAGAAGGGGAACUUCAUCAACAAACCCUCUCAAGGCUGGCUGCACCCUGACAAGAAGAUCGUAGGAUCAGGGGCCUCUUAUAUUGUCAGGUACAUGGGCUGCAUUGAAGUUUUGAAGUCAAUGCGCUCCCUGGACUUCAACACGCGGACUCAGGUGACAAGGGAGGCCAUCAACAGGCUGUGUGACAUCGUGCCAGGCGGAAAGGGAGCGUGGAGGAAGAAGGCCCACAACAAAGCUCUCCACACCGUUAUGGGGAAGAGUAACCUGAGAUUUGCAGGCAUGAGCAUUGCAGUCAAUAUUUCCAUAGAUGGCCUUGGUCUGCUUAUCCCUACAACAAGACAGGUGAUAGCUCACCAUCCAAUGCAGUCCAUCUCAUUUGCCUCUGGAGGAGACACAGACACGCCUGAUUAUGUUGCUUAUGUGGCCAAAGACCCAGUGAAUCAGAGAGCGUGUCACAUCCUGGAGUGCUCAGACGGUUUAGCCCAGGGUGUCAUCAGUACCAUCGGACAAGCCUUCGAGCUGCAGUUCAAACAGUAUCUACACAGUCCUCCCAAAACCAUGGCGUCUAUGGAGAGGUCUACCAGAACCGAAGAGGUGAUGUGGGGGGAGGAUGAGGACUUCUCUGAACAUGACUACUACAACAGCAUCCCAGGGAAGGAGCCUCCUGUUGGGGGGCUGGUGGACUCUAGACUCAGGCCGAGCGGAGCUCUGCUGGGUCACAUCCACACACAACCACAGAGCAAGACAGCAGCACAGAUGGGCUCCCCAGCGAGGAGGGAGCAGGCAUCUUAUCCCCCUGGUCAGCUGUGCUAUGAACUGCACUGGGACACUGAGACGACCAGCAGCUCAGGUCUGACAUCAGACGGUUACCUGUGUGCUGACGGCCAGCCACCAGGCAGCAGAGACUACGAGGAACAUCAGUACGUUAACACCCAAAGUCUGGAAAACUUGGAAUCACUUGUUCAGGGGCCCAAUGGACACCGAGUGUCCAGGCCACCUGACAGUCCAAAAAAGGACCUCUUUGACAUGAGGCCCUUCGAGGACGCCUUGAAGCUCCACGAGGCCUGUGGGUCUUCCGCAGCCGGAGGGGGAGGUGUCCGGGUCCUGGAGGACCAGUGGCCCAGCCCUCCACGCCGCCGUGCCCCCGUGGCCCCAAACGAGGAGCAGCUCCGCAGGGAACCAUGGUACCACAGCCGCAUGAGCAGGCGGGACGCAGAGAAACUCCUUGUCCGAGACGGAGACUUCCUGGUCCGGGAGAGCACGACCAACCCAGGACAGUAUGUGCUCACCGGCAUGCACUGUGGGCUGCCCAAACACCUACUGCUAGUGGACCCAGAGGGAGUGGUCCGAACCAAAGACAUGUUAUUUGAGAGCAUAAGCCACCUUAUCUCAUACCACCUUAAGAACGAGCUGCCUAUCGUAGCAGCAGAGAGUGAGCUCCACCUCAAACAGGUGGUCAGGAGGAAACAGUGAGCCACCUGGCCCUUCAUGGGAAGCGGAAUUCUUGAGUUCCCAUGCAAACACUACAGAAAAUAUGAACAAAUAUGGAAAUAAUUUAUUCCGGAUGGAUAUCUAUGUGCAACAAAGGAUGGCAGUGAUGCUUUCUUUCCAUGAACAAUUCCUCUACGGAGACCGAGGCAUCUGACAUGUCCUUGUACUUUCUCUGCCUUUUGCCGACCAGGAUCAACCAAACUAUCCCUCACCUGUCAUAAACUCCUCAGCAUGCAGCUGUGAAGAAUCCACCAAGUGAAAUUGACUAAUUUCAUAGCUGGAAAAAUUG